AUGUCGGAGCCAUCAGAAACAACACCGCUCAUCCCCCGCGCACCAGCUGUGCUCAGCAAGCGCCGCAUCGCCAUCUUCGCCAUCACGCUCAUCGUCUCGUUCCUCAGUAACCUGGCCGGCGGAAUCCUAACCACGUCUAUCGCUGUGCUCUACGAGAGCGCUAUAUGUCGACAAAUUCACCCCGACGUGCCGGAUCCGUUUCGAGACUCGGUCUGCAAGGAGAUGGCGGUGCAGCAGAAGCUGGUGACCAUAACGACCGUGAAUGUCGCGCUGGCGGCCGUGUGCGGCGGCUUGGUUGCUGUUCCGUACGGUAGGCUGGCCGAUACAUGGGGCAGGAAAUGGGUCUUGGUCCUGUCGAUAGCAGCGUCCGUGGUGAUGCAUGCGGCGCAGAUCUCGAUCGCUUGGUUUCCGAACAGUACCAUCCCGUUGCAAUUUAUCUGGCUGGUUACAGGUCUUGCAACUCUUGCCGGCGGCCCGUUUGUGUCUUUUACGAUGCUGAACACAAUGGCCUGCGAUGUAUCAACAGCACCACAGAGGGCCGUCGCUCUUUUUGUUCUAGGAAGCACUGCUAUGCUGUCAAAUCUCAUUUCGCCGUUUAUUGUGGCUGCGAUGCUCAGGCAAAGAAUCUGGCUGUCGCUUUAUAUCGGCUUAGGCAUUCUUGUCGCGGCUUGCAUCACUGCCGUUUUCGUUCCUGAAUCUCGCGACGAGGCCGUGACAGAAGACUCUGACGAGCUUAUCCUACCGGAAAGCACUACCAAUUCUUCGCCGAAGUGGUUCUGGAGGUUGGUGAAAGAGGCUAGCCCUAACUUUGGUGACAAUCAGGUCUAUGCUGCCGGUUUGUUUGCAGCUACAGCUUGCGCGGGCUUUGCGACAACUUCCCUUGGCUUGCUUGCCAUCUUUGGGGCUAUCCGGUAUCAAUGGGACUUUACAAACGUCGCUGUAAUAGAACUAUUACAGGGAAGUAUACAGUCCGGCGUGAUGCUCGUGGGGUUGCCGCUCUGUAGCUUCUUCAUGUCGAGGCGAGGCAUCGCAGCUCCGCUGAAAGAUUUAUGGCUUGCCAGGGGUAGCAUACUUGCGCAGGCUUUUGGCGUGUUUAUUUUGGGAUUGGCUACUAACGAACCGGUCUUUAUUGUUGGAGUCGUACUCUCCUCCUUGGGUAUUGGAAGCCUGAUGGCCCUGCGUGCUGCCGUUACCAACAUCACAUCGUCCAAGACACUGGCGGUGACAAAUGCGAUCGUCACGGCUGUAGUAGCACUGUCUGUGGCUGUAGCUGCAAUCGUUUGGUUUGCUGCAUUUAGCGUGCAUGCCCGUAUAUCACUUUGGGUUGGCGGGGGACUGUGCAUUGUCGCUCUGGGCAUUCUAUCAGUUGUUCGUCCUGGGGAAUCAUCUCAGGCAGCAGAUGAGGAAGAAUAA